AUGGACUUUCAGACAGCCGACGGUGCACCAUCACUCACAGUAAAGAGCUACAGUAUGCCCAAUGAGAAACGCGUUAUUGAAGCCUUCACAAAAGAAGGGCAGAGAGCUGACGACGAUUUCAAUUUCUGCAUAGAUCCUGACGUUUCUGACACGGCUGAUCAGGUCUUCACUCAAUAUCACGGCGUGGAGAAUAUUGCUGAAGCGCUCAACUAUAAGAUCAACAAAACUGGAUGGGCUUAUCUAGUUUAUGAGAUGGGAGCACCACCCUCAAUAAUUUCUACGUACAACCUUCAUAAGGACACAAAUUUCUGCAUGAAGGAGUUUUUCGUGCAGGUAAGUGGAAGAUAA